AUGGCAGACAACGCGGGUGACAUUGACUUGGACUCGGUGAUAGACCGUUUGUUGGAAGUUCGAGGAAAUCGCCCCGGCAAGCCCGUACAGCUCCAGGAGUACGAAAUCAAGUUCCUGUGCACAAAAGCGCGAGAUAUCUUUAUUAACCAGCCAAUUCUGCUCGAACUCGAGGCUCCAAUCAAGAUAUGCGGCGAUAUCCACGGCCAAUAUUAUGACUUGUUGCGGUUGUUUGAGUAUGGCGGUUUCCCUCCAGAGGCCAAUUAUCUCUUCCUCGGCGACUAUGUCGACCGUGGAAAACAGAGUUUAGAGACAAUUUGUUUGCUCUUGGCUUAUAAGAUCAAGUACCCCGAAAACUUCUUUAUCCUACGAGGCAACCACGAGUGCGCGAGUAUCAACCGUAUUUAUGGAUUUUACGACGAGUGCAAGAGGCGGUACAACAUCAAGCUUUGGAAGACGUUUACCGAUUGCUUCAACUGCCUCCCCAUUGCCGCCAUCAUCGAUGAGAAGAUUUUCACCAUGCACGGAGGACUGAGUCCCGAUCUGCAAAGCAUGGAACAAAUCCGCAGGGUGAUGCGGCCUACCGACGUUCCCGACACCGGUCUGCUUUGCGAUCUUCUGUGGUCAGAUCCCGACAAGGAUAUCACCGGCUGGAGUGAAAAUGACCGUGGAGUCUCAUUCACUUUUGGUCCGGAUGUAGUUGGCCGCUUCCUGCAGAAGCACGAUAUGGAUCUUAUUUGCCGAGCGCACCAAGUCGUGGAAGAUGGGUACGAAUUCUUUGCAAAACGACAGCUUGUCACGCUAUUUUCAGCUCCCAACUACUGCGGCGAGUUUGACAAUGCUGGUGCGAUGAUGAGUGUGGACGAAACUCUGUUGUGCUCCUUCCAGAUCCUGAAGCCCGCAGAAAAGAAGGCCAAGUACCCAUACGGUGGUGUGAACGUCGGGAGACCGAUAACCCACGUAAACAAAAGAAGAAGGGCGACAACAAGAUGGGCUAAGUGGUCUGCACGGUUUGCGGCCGCACCUACUUGCGUCUUGCGCGGUGCGGCAUCUCGUGUGUGGGUAGAUCGGGGGAUCGGAGCUUUGGCACAGAUUGAGAAGCGAGGUGUGGACAUGACGUAUUGGCUUUAG